AUGGACUCCAGCGGUGCUGCACUUGAUCCGAGCAGCACCGUCAAGCGCACUCGCUUGCAGCCGGGCGAUUCUGUGACUCUUCAGAUCCGCCCUCCCGUCGUCCAGGCCACCUCACAGGCUUGGGCUGCGAUCUUGGACGAUGGCUCGGUCGUGACCUGGGGCAAUCCCUCGUACGGCGGCGACAGCGGCUGGGCUGAACCGGACCUGCGCAACGUGGUGAAGAUUCAGUCCAACCCUUGGGCGUUUGCUGCGAUCCUGCAUGAUGGCUCCGUCGUGGCCUGGGGUGACCUGGAUAAGGGCGGCUCGAUUGGACAGCGGCUCACGGGCGUGAGGGACAUACAGGCCAGUGCUCGGGCUUUUGCAGCCAUCCUCAACGACGGAUCCGUCGAAGCUUGGGGCGACGAGGACGGUGGCGGCUUCCUCUCCGAGGACAUCGUCGACUGCCACUUAGUCAGGGGGAUUCAGUGGAACUGUCGGGCCUUCGCAGCCAUCUUGGACAGUGGCUCCGUGGUCACCUGGGGCGAUGCCGCCUACGGCGGGGAGUGCAACACUGGUCACCUGCGGGGCGUGGUUGCCAUAGAGGCGACGAUCAGCGCUUUCGCUACGGAAGGCGGCGACAGCAGCAGGGUGCAGGCGCAGCUGCGCAACGUGGUGUCAAUAGCUGCUGACACUCGCAGCUUCACCGCGAUCCUCAGCAACGGCUCGCUCGUGGCCUGGGGAGCCGUUUGA